UGAAAACAUAUGCCUCCCAUAUGGAGUUUAAAUAGUUAAAUUUUCAGAAUUCACACCUAAGCUUUUUUUUAGUUUUUGGCUAUUUUUCAAAAGUAUUUGUUUAUAUUUCUUAUAGGAAAGUAUUGCUUUCCGACGGUUUGUAGACAAGAAUAUUUGGUUUGUGUUGUUUUGUGAGUCAAGGAACACUUUUAAUUAAGCGCUGUACUUGAAAAGACUCCAGAAAUGGUAGAAGUACAGCAAGAUUGCAUGCCAAGGGCAUCAGGAUUAUGGCCCGCUGGCCAUCGACCAGGCAUGCCAUGCAAAUGUCAACAAAUAUGCGGAAAAAAGAGGAUGAGAUACAUUCAACCAGAGAAACCGAUCUCGUAUAAGCCUUUAAAGGUUUAUAGACCUCCAGAGAUAAAAAUGCCAGACGGAACAACGUACAAUAUGUCAUAUGAAGCUUUCGAUCCAAAACUCGUCAGAAACUGCAGGGGCAAGCCGGCUUUUGCAAAAGAGAACUUAACAACAGCCGGAGAGUUUUCAGACAAAACUACUCACAAGAUGAGUUAUGGAGCAUGGCCAGAUUUAAAAAAGCCAGAAAUUCAAUAUCCAAAGGAUCACAAGAUGGGCGGUGAGGGUCCAAUUUCUGAAAUGACGACCCACCGGCACGACUAUACACCAAAGCCGAUAGAGACUAUGGGAAAGAUCAUUCAACCCAGCGCACUCGGUCUGUCGAAGUCAAAAAUGGAAAAUGAUACGGUUCAUACGAUGUCAUACAAGAACCCUGACAUGUCACGUUUUGAACCUCCUCAGUCAUUUAAGCCACAUGCUACUUAUCUUCCUCCUGAUUCACCCCUCGAUGGAGAAACGGUCCACAAGUUGUCUUACAUGCCUUGGGAACCACAACCAAAGGAAGACCUUCCAUGGGUGAAGAAAGGAUACUACGAGAAACCUUGCAUACCUUUAGAUGGAAAUACUAUUUACAAUGGAAGCUACAUCCCGCCAGGACGGUUGGAAGAAGACCCUCUCGGACAUUGCAUCGGCUGUUGUUGCUUGUACCCUGCUGAAUGUCUUGACAGUGAAGGAGAACCACCAGUAGGAUCACUUGUAUGUCCAGCCGGCACUGAUCCCAACAACUGUGGAAGAGGGGCUGAUUGUUGCACAAUGGUCGCUCCGUGCCAACCGUGCCCUCCUUGCCCGACAUGCAUCUGAAUACAAGCUUAACCAACAACAAAUUUAACUUUUGUCAUGAGUCACGACUCAUUGAAUAUAUAUUGUUGUUUAGAUGUUCCAAUUACCCAGAAAAAAAUUAUGUUGUCUGUCAUGUUGUGCAGAAAAAGAAAACAAAAAACAAAAAAAUAA